AUGAUCGACUCUUAUGGAAGCGAGGAGCAGCGUCAAAAGUACCUCCCCAAAUUGACGAGCAUGGAGCAUUUUGCUUCCUACUGCUUGACUGAGCCCGGCGCAGGAUCAGAUGCCGCCGGGCUCUCAACCACCGCCGUCAAGAAGGGCUCCCACUACGUCUUGAACGGAAGCAAGGCCUUUAUCUCCGGAGGAGGAUCAUCGGAUGUGUAUGUGAUCAUGGCUCGCACAGGAGGACCAGGACCCAAGGGCAUCUCUUGCUUCAUUGUCGAGAAGGGCUUUAAGGGCUUGAGCUUUGGAAAGAAAGAGGACAAGCUUGGAUGGAACUCGCAGGAGACCAGGGCUGUCAUUAUGGAGGACUGUGAGGUCCCCGUCGAGAACCUGGUUGGUGCUGAGGGCCAAGGUUUCUCCAUUGCCAUGAAGGGUCUCAACGGCGGUCGCGUCAACAUCGGUUCAUGCAGUUUGGGUGCUGCUCAGGCUUCGUUGGACGCUGCUUUGGAGCACGUCAAGGUCCGCAAGCAGUUCAACCAGCCCCUUUCCAACUUCCAGAACACUCAGUUCAAGCUCGCUGACAUGGCCACCAGCCUGCUCUCAUCCAGACUGAUGAUCCGUCAAGCUGCGGCCAUGUUGGAUCAGGACCACCCCAGCGUUGCCAGCUUCUGCGCGAUGGCCAAGCUCCAUGCCACGGACGAGUGCUUCCAGAUCUGCGACGAUAGCUUGCAGUUGCACGGAGGUUACGGCUACCUGAAGGAUUACAAGGUCAACGUCUAUCUCCGUGAUUCGCGUGUCCACCGUAUCCUUGAGGGCACUAACGAAAUCAUGCGCCUGGUUGCUUCCCGCUCCCUCUUGGCCGAGUAA